AUGCAAGCAGAGUUGACACCCAUAGGAAAGCAAGCUGUGUCAAGGGCCUAUAACAAAAGAGUCAAGAACAAGAGUUUUGAAGAGGGAGAGAUAGUCUGGAAAGCAGUUCUGCCCCUUGGAACACAUGUGAUUGGUUAUGGAAAGUGGUCACCUACAUGGGAGGGCCCUUUCAUAAUCAACCAAAUCCUUGGAAUGGGGGCAUAUAGGUUGCAGGAUAGAGAUGGAGAAAUUCAUGCUGCCCCAAUCAAUGGCAAAUAG